GUUUCAGAAGGGCUUUUCGUUCAAAAUCUAAACCAACGGGCAAAAACGAACCGGCAGCCAUAGAUGAGAGAUCAAGAAGAACAAAGCUUACGCUCUAUUUGGGGUCUGAGAGAAAGAAAAUGUAUGUUUCUUCUCCAACAAAAGAACACAAUAAACACUCUCCUCCAAAUCCACGCUUUCAUGCUCCGUCACUCCAUCGAAACCAACCUUAACAUCUUCACUAAAUUCAUCACAGCCUGCGCUUCUCUUUCCUCUUUUUCCGCUAUUAACCACGCCCGCCACUGGUUCGACGUCAGGCCUCACAGAAACGACCCGGUUCUUUGCAAUUCCAUGAUGAAAGCCCAUCUGGGUCUUAACCAAUUUACCCAAUCUUUCACUCUUUACAGAGAUCUUAGGAGAGAUGAGGAGGGUUUUGUUCCCAACAAGAUUACAUUUUUAACCCUGGUGAAGUCUUGUGCUUUGAAUAUUGCAGUCUGGGAGGGUUUACAGAUACAUAAUCACGUGAUAAAAGGUGGGUUUUGCUUGGAUUUGUAUGUUUCAACAGCUUUGCUCGAUAUGUAUGCAAAGCUUGGAAUCAUGGAUUCUGCAAGAAAGGCUUUUGAAGAGAUGCCUGAGAGAAGUUUAGUUUCAUGGACCGCUCUAAUCUGUGGCUAUGCAAGAGCUGGGGAUAUGGAGAGAGCAAAGAAGCUUUUGGAUGAGAUGCCUGAGAAGGAGGAUUCUGUCUUAUACAAUGCUAUGAUUGAUGGAUAUGUUAAGUUGGGAGAUUUGGAUACUGCUCGAAGUUUGUUUAAUCAAAUGCCGGAUAGGAAUGUAAUUUCUUGGACUAGCAUGAUUAAUGGAUAUUGUAAUAGAGGUGAUGUUGCGUCUGCUAGGUUCUUAUUUGAUUCCAUGCCUGAAAAAAAUCUAGUAUCUUGGAAUGCAAUGAUUGGUGGUUACUGUCAGAAUAAGCAACCUCAUGAAGCAUUGAAGUUGUUUCAUGAAAUGCAAUCGAGCACGUUGUUUGAGCCUGAUAAAGUAACCAUUGUGAGCAUUCUUCCAGCUAUUGCUGAUUUAGGUGCUCUCGAUUUGGGUGAGUGGGUUCACCAUUUUGUUCAAAGGAAGAAACUUGAUCGAGCAACCAAUGUGUGUACUGCUCUUGUUGAUAUGUAUGCAAAAUGUGGGGAGAUAAAUAAAGCGAAAAAGGUUUUCAAUGAGAUGCCAGAAAAGGAAAUAGCUUCAUGGAAUGCUUUAAUAAACGGAUAUGCAGUGAAUGGGUGUGCCAAAGCAGCGUUGGAGGUAUUUUUGGAAAUGCAAAAUGAAAGAGUUAUGCCAAAUGAUGUGACCAUGAUAGGUGUUUUAUCUGCUUGUAACCAUGGUGGUCUGGUGGAGGAAGGUAAGAGGUGGUUUAAAGCAAUGGCAGAAUUUGGGCUCACUCCGAAAAUUGAGCAUUAUGGUUGUAUGACUGAUCUGUUAGGGAGGGCAGGAUUUGUGGAUGAAGCUGAGAAAUUGAUAGAAGAUAUGCCCUAUGAGGCCAAUGAAAUAAUUCUCACUUCUCUUCUAUUUGCAUACUGGUCCUUGAAUAAUGUUAAAAGAGCUGAGAGUCUGCUAAAUAAGUUGGUCCAUAUGGAGCCAAGUAAUCAUGGGAGUUAUGUGAUGUUAAGAAAUUUGUAUGCUGCAGAGAAAAGAUGGGAAGAUGUGGAGGAAAUUAGGAGAUUGAUGAGAAGGAAUGGGGCAAGAAAAGAGGCUGGCUGUAGUGUUAUUGAGGUUGAUAGUAGGGUUUUGGAGUUUGUAUCUGGAGAUAGAGUGCACCCCGAGUGGGAAAUGAUGCAGUCAGUGUUGCGGCAGUUGUGGAUGCACACGAGGGGUCAACAACCAGACAAGGCAGCUGUUUAAGUUGAAGAAGGUUUGGAUUUGCCAGUGAUGAUUGGCAAAGCUCAAAGCUAAAGCACGUACUGGAACAAUUUCAUUGGCCUAGUGAUCUUGUAGUGUUGUUGUAUGCAUCAGACCAUUGGCAACACAUUAAGGUGUGGAGACAAAAUUUCAUUGGCCUACUGAUCUUGUAGAUUCAGAUUCCUCCGAAAACUCAAUAAUGAAAUCAAUGAUAUGGGGCAUUCCACUUACAGCAAACUGUAAGUUGGCGAGCCCCAUUUUAGUCCCGCGGACCCUGCCCCUUGUUAGCCAACUUUGGACGAGUAAUCUGCAAUUUGCUCACCAAUUUGGUGGCUCUACUUGUUUUGUUAUCAUCCAGGCAGAGCCUUUGGUCCUAUAUUGCCUGCAUCAGAGGCAAGCACUAUAGGGAAGACUGGAUUGAUGAUGCUGGAAAAGUCAAAUUCAAAGCUCUCAAAAGUGACAAGAAGUAAUAGUACCUCAUUCAAGGACCAAAGCAUCUACAGAGCAGACAGGAAAAAAAAAUUCAUCUUGUGAAUGGGUUUCAGGAGCAUGAAUUUAUUUAUGUCUUGUAAUAAUUGGUCUCAAUGAGGAUCAGAUUACUUUGCUGCAUGUCAUGCAGUAAACCAAGUGUGAUUGUCAUAUGUGAAAAAGAUUUAAGUUAAAAGGGAAUAGCACUUUAUUUUUGCUUCCUUUUUUUUUUACCAAAGUAAGCUAAUAGAAAUGAGUUCGAUAUAAACGAGUGAUUCUUGAUAGA